AUGGAUAUUGCGAGACCAGUAGGGUCCGAAAUUAACUCUGUUGAUUUUGAGAUUCUUACAACUGAGGAAAUUAGAAAGCUUUCUGCAAAGCAAGUCGUUAAUCCACAAGUAUUUGACAACCUGGGCCAUCCCAUUGCAGGAGGUUUGUACGACUUAGCACUCGGUGCCUUUUUAAGAAACUUAUGUGGGACUUGUGGUCUGGAUGAGCGAUUCUGUCCUGGGCAUCAAGGUCAUAUUGAAUUGCCAGUUCCUUGCUAUAAUCCUCUUUUUUUCAACCAACUUUGUCUAUUUCUUCGUAGUGCUUGUGUCUACUGUAACAGAUUCAAGCUGAAACAAAGUGAAGUUAAUUUCUUCGCCUGCAAAUUGAGGUUGUUGCAGUAUGGGCUAAUGCUCGAGUGUGAAGAGUUGGAUGGCGUCAGUACCGGAACAAAGUUGGAAGAUAUUGACGUAGACGAUAUUGAUGAUGGUAAUGAUCAGGGCAACGGGGACGAUGCCUCCUUAAAAAGGCUCAGAAACGAAUUUGUUGAAACUGCAAUUGCUACAGCCCUCAGUGAAGGAAGAACUACUGAGCAGGGUAUGACCACAUCAACAAUUGCGAAUGAAAGAAAGGCCAUCAUCCGUUCGUUUAACUCCCGACUUUUAUCCCGACCUAAAUGUGAUAAUUGUGGGAUGUAUUCCCCCAGUUUUAGAAAGGACGGGUCUAUAAAACUAUUUGAGAAUGCAUUAACUCCAAAACAAAUCUCUCAUAACAGAGUGAAAGGCUUAACACGUGAAACUAAGUUUAAACAAAAUGAAGAGAGUGCGCAUUCCGAUGAUGCCACUCCUGCUGAUAAUUUUCCUCCAAUUAAGACAAAGUCUUCCUUCAAGUACAUAUUGUCAACAGAGGUUCGAACGAUUGUACGAAAGCUAUUUAUUACUGAAAAGGAUGUACUCAAGUAUGUGUUCAAUGCCAGACCCAACUCAAAUAACAUAAUCUCCGCCGAUAUGUUUUUCAUUCAAGCACUAAUUGUUCCUCCCACUAGAUUCAGACUUCCAUCCAAGUUAGGAGAUGAAAUACAUGAAAACAGUCAGAACGAGCAGCUUUCCAAAAUAUUAACAACAGCACUGACUAUUAGAGAUCUUAAUGAGAGUAUAAUAACAGUACAGAAAGACCAGAUUACUGCAGAAGAGAGAAAGAUUAUAUUUAAUCGAUUGAUGAAUGCAUUUGUCACAAUACAGGAUGACGUCAAUAGUUUUAUUGAUUCUACCAAAUCUCAAAAUGCUCAAGCCAAUCCUGGUAUUAAACAAGCAUUAGAAAAGAAAGAGGGGCUUUUCAGGAAACAUAUGAUGGGGAAAAGAGUCAACUAUGCAGCUCGUUCAGUCAUCUCGCCAGACCCAAUGUUGGAAACGAACGAGAUUGGGGUUCCUCCUGUGUUCGCAAAGAAGUUGACAUACCCAGAACCAGUCACAGCUUACAAUGCUGCUUCUUUGCGACAAGCCAUCAUAAAUGGACCAGAUGUUUGGCCUGGUGCUAUCCAAAUUCAAAACGAAGAUGGCAGGCAUGUAUCUUUAAUAGGGAUGACCUUAGAGCAAAGAAAAGCGAUUGCUAAUCAGCUAUUGACUCCCUCAAAUGGAGCUACAGUUGUCAAUAAAAAAGUCUAUAGACAUAUCAAAAACAAUGACAUUGUCAUCAUGAAUCGUCAACCCACAUUGCAUAAGGCUUCAAUGAUGGGUCACAAGGUAAGAGUGUUACCAGGUGAGAAAACAUUGCGAUUGCAUUACGCCAAUACUGGCGCUUACAAUGCCGAUUUUGAUGGUGACGAAAUGAAUAUGCAUUUGCCCCAGAAUGAAAAUGCUAGAGCAGAGGCAUAUAAUUUGGCUAACACUGACUCUCAGUAUUUAACACCCACCUCAGGUUCUCCUGUCAGGGGUUUGAUUCAAGAUCAUAUUUCUGCAGGUGUUUGGCUAACCAAUAAAGACAGUUUUUUCACUAGAGAGAAGUAUCAACAGUUGAUUUACGGGUGCCUCCGUCCUGAAGAUGGUCACACUGUGAAAUCCAGGAUUCAGACACUACCCCCAACAGUUUUGAAACCUGUUCCUUUAUGGACUGGAAAACAAAUCAUUACCACUAUUCUACUGAACAUCAAACCUAUCAAAAUGCCAGGACUUAACUUGAAAUCCAAAAAUAAGAUAAAGGCUUCUUAUUGGGGUGGCGACUCUAUUGAAGACCGGGUCAUAAUUCGAAAUGGGGAACUAUUAGUCGGAAUACUUGAUAAAUCUCAAUAUGGUGCUUCCAAUUUUGGUCUUAUACACUCUUUGCAUGAGGUAUAUGGACCUUCUGUUUCCAGUAAAGCCCUGUCUGUUUUAGGUCGUCUUUUCACAAACUAUAUCAUGAUGAUUGGUUUCACAUGUGGUAUGGAUGAUUUACGUUUAACUGCUGAGGGUAACAAACAAAGGUCAGAAAUUCUGCAAGAAUCUGUGGACUUGGGUAGAGUUGCAGCAGCUGAAGUCACCAACCUUCCUAAAGAUACCAAGCCUGGCGACAAAGAAUUCAUGCGUCGUCUAGAAGAAAUAUUACGUGAUGACGGCAAAUUGGGUAUACUGGAUGCUGUAACGCAAUCAAAAGUCAAUGUUGUUACUUCCAAAGUCGUUUCAUCUUGUAUUCCUGAGGGUACAAUGAAGAGAUUUCCCGAGAAUUCAAUGCAAGCAAUGGCUUUGUCUGGAGCCAAGGGAUCCAACGUCAACGUUUCUCAGAUCAUGUGUCUUCUCGGCCAGCAAGCUUUAGAAGGACGCCGUGUACCUGUUAUGGUAAGCGGUAAGACAUUACCAUCAUUCAAACCAUUUGAUACAGACGCUCGUGCUGGUGGAUAUAUCAAAGGCCGAUUUUACUCUGGAAUUCGCCCACAGGAAUAUUACUUUCAUUGUAUGGCUGGAAGAGAGGGCCUGAUUGAUACCGCUGUUAAGACCUCUAGAUCUGGCUAUUUGCAGCGUUGUUUGACGAAGCAAUUAGAGGGAGCACACAUAGGAUACGAUAACUCUGUUAGAGAUGGUGAUGGAUCUCUCAUUCAGUUCUUAUACGGUGGUGACUCUGUUGAUGUUGUCAAGGAGUCACAUAUGUAUAAAUUUCAAUUUUGCGCCGAAAACUAUGAUUCAUUGCUGGAAAGGUAUAAUCCAGGCCAGUUGGUACACAACCUUGAUGCUGAAUCUGCUUUGAAGUAUGCUAAGAAAUGUAGAAAGAACUUGAAAAAACAAUCCAACAAAAUGCACUACCAGUUCGAAGACAAAUAUAUGCCUGUUAUAAAUAAGUUCAAUCCUGCCAAAUAUCUUGGAGCUGUAUCUGAGCACUUUCAAGAUGCGCUGGAUAACUUCAUUGACAAUAAUCCCCAACUGUUCGAUAAAAAAUCCAAGCGUUCUCUUACCGAAAAGAAAUUCCGUGCAUUGAUGCAACUAAAAUACAUGAGAUCUCUGAUUAACCCAGGUGAAGCUGUUGGAAUAAUUGCCUCUCAGUCAGUAGGUGAACCAUCUACUCAAAUGACCUUGAACACGUUCCAUUUCGCUGGACAUGGUGCUGCAAAUGUGACCUUAGGUAUUCCCCGUAUGAGAGAGAUCAUCAUGACAGCUUCUUUGAACAUUAAGACCCCACAAAUGAUGCUACCGAUUCUGGAUGAUGUUUUGGAUGAGCAGGCGCAAGCAUUUUGCAGGUCUGUUGCACGAGUUGUUCUGUCGGAGUUCAUAGACUACGUUACAGUGACUGAAACUUCGGGGUCAGAUGCUGGAGUUGGUUCCAAGCAGUAUAACAUACGCCUGAACUUCUUCUCUGCAGAGGAUUACGAGCAAGAAUAUGACGUUACACGAGCUGAGUUGGCGGAGGUACUAGUUAGAAGCUUCUUAAGCAAGCUAGAAGUCGCUAUUCGAAAGCAACUGAAGAAAAGUCGGGAUCAGGCAGUAGUGCCCGAUGAAGAAAUAGGAGAGGCAGUUCCAAAAUCCGAUAGAGCUUUUGAAACAAGUGAAGCAGUGAAGAAGUCGAUCAAUGAUGGUGAUGGUGAUGAGUUGGACAAUAACGAAAAUGAACAAGGCAAGGAACCAGUUUCUUAUGAUGAACCAGAUGAACAGGAACUUGAGGCUAUGAACCGAGCUGCAAAGUCCUCAGAUGAAGAGGAAGAAGACUUCAUGUCUUCAGAGGAAGAGAAAUCUUCUUGUGACGAUGAAUCGGAUGACGAAGAGAUUAAUGCUCAUAGACCACCUGCGGAGAAUAUCCUUGACAAGAUGGCACUUGAACGUCAGACUGCAGUAAUCAGUGCCCAUAGUAUGAUCUCAGCUUUCAAUUUUGAUGACAAGAAUGGAACCUGGUGUGAAUUUCAAAUCAAGAUGGUUGGUCAAAAUUAUAAAUUGUUGAUGGUGAACAUUAUUGAGGAGCUAUGUCAGAAUGUGGUCGUAAGGGAAAUACCUAAUAUCGGUAGAUGUGUUCUACCUCAGCCCGAAGCCGGGCAGAGAAGACAUUUUAUUACAGAAGGUGUUAACUUCCAAGCCAUGUGGGAGCAAGACGCUUUUGUGGAUGUGGAUGCUAUCAGAUCAAAUGAUACCUAUGCUGUUUUACGCACUUAUGGUGUGGAGGCUGCAAGGAAUACCAUUGUUAAUGAAAUCAACAAUGUGUUUGGUAGGUAUGCAAUUGCAGUUUCCAGUCGUCAUUUGGAUUUGAUUGCCGACAUGAUGACUCGUCAAGGGACUUAUCUAGCCUUCAACCGACAAGGUAUCGAAAACUCAACUUCAUCAUUCAUGAAGAUGUCUUAUGAGACUACUUGCCAAUUUUUAACCAAGGCAGUUUUGGACAACGAUAGGGAAGAACUAGAGUCACCUUCUGCACGACUUGUAGUCGGGAAACUGAGUAAAGUUGGGACUGGUAUUUUUGAUGUCAUGGCUCGCAUGCCUCUGCCAACUCAAUAA